GUGGAUCGGCAGCUAGGCCAACGUGGUCCUGGCUGUGGUGAAGGAGGCCAAACCCCUUCAGUGCCCGCGCGAAUCUCUCCAGGACUGCGCCGGACGCAGGCAAAUCCCCGCCUACUGUGGAAACACCCGAGUCCGUGAAUACGGCUGCCGAGUAGACUAACUGCAGCCAGUGAAACGUCUUCUGUGCUUGCCUCACAAAAUAGUGCUUCUGGAAUAACCUGGCAAUUACGUCACACACCACCUAACGUUUUGGAUCGUGGCCUGUAUUACCGGAGGAAAACACGUACAAGAACGGUCAUGAUGAUCAACUCUUUAUAGGUGAUCGAGAUUGCCUUCAGAGGAAAUAGCUUUGGCAGCUGAUCGUUGAUGUAAUCUGGUGCCUUGUCAAGUCCAUUUCGGUGAAGGUGUACUGCUGAAAGUUAGAGCUUCGAUAGUCAGUUAAUGCAGAACGACAAAGUGAUUUCGAGGACAAAUCUUCCAGGUCAAGUUAUCCUUGAAAAUCCAAGAAAAUAUGGAGACUGUGACACAAAAUGAGAAAGAGUUACAGGAUGGUGAGGAGAAUCGUGUAGCGUUGCACUUAAAGCAUGAGAGCCUCCUUCCAGCCAAAGAACUGAAUUCGCAGACGAACAGCAACCACUUCUGCAAUGGAGAAGCUGACGACUCCGCACAGUGGAACGGUGUGGAGCCUGUGUGCGAGUGGAGCGAGGGGGAGAACCUGGAAGAGACGGAGCGGCUGCUGCGGCAGCACUCGGGGUGCGCCGGCCCCUGGCGGCUGUUCGUGUCGCCGCUGGAGGGCCGCGGGCUGGCGGCGCAGCGGCCGCUGUCCGCGGGCCACCUGCUGCUCAGGGACCCGCCGCUCGUGCUGGCGCCGCGAGCCGCCGGCAGCUGCCGGCCACUGUGCGCGCGCUGUCUGCGCACGCGCCCCGCGGACUCGCUGCACCCGUGUCCCGCCGGCUGCGGGAUGGCCGUCUGCUGCCCCACACCUGACGACUGCGCGCCGGACGGGCACCGCGGCGAGUGCCGGCUGCUGCGGGGGUGGGGCGUGCGCGACUGCGGCGGAGCGUCUGCGCGUGCGCAGCAGCAGGCCGUGCUGGCGCGUGCCUCGGCCGCCCUGCGCUGCCUCGCCCUGCCACAGGAGGCGCGCCGGCUGGUCGCUCGCCUCUACGCACACCCCCACCCGCGGCACGGCUGGGAGGUAACGGAUUUGGCAACAGAGCUGCGCAGUGCGCCAACGCCGAGCCAGCUGCGCUUCAUGCGGCGCGCCUGCGCGGUGAUGGACGCGAACGCGUUCGAGGUGAGUGCGGGCGUGCGCGGCCUCUACCCGCUGUCGGCCAUGAUGAACAACGAGUGCUCGCCCAACACGACGCACGGCUUCGACCAGAGCCACGCCAUGGUGGUGCGCGCCGCCGUCGACAUCCCGGAGGGCCGCGAGCUGACCAACUCGUACACGCCGCUGCUGUGGGGCACGCCGGCUCGACACAGGCACCUGCAGCUCACCAAGCACUUCCUCUGCCGCUGCGAGCGCUGCAGGGACCCCCAGGAGUUCGGGUCGCUGCUGUCUGCGCUGCGGUGCGGGCGCGGCGGCUGCCCAGGCGCCGUGGUGAGCGAGGAUCCGCUGGACGAGUCGUCCCCGUGGCGCUGCGGCGCUUGCGGCUGGCAGCUGGGCGCGGCCAAGGCGCGCGCCACGUCGGCAGCCCUGGGUGCCCUGCUGGCCAGGGUGGACACGGGCAGCCCCGAGGCGGUGGCCGCGCGCCUCCGCUGCCCAGCGCUGGCCCAGCUGCUGCACCCCUGCAACCAGGUCGCCGUAGAGCUCAAGAGCUGCCUCGUCUGGCACUACGGACACUCCGCCGGCUACACCUGGCGAGAGCUGUCGGACGACGACCUGUGCUGGAAAGAGACAGCGUGCGGUGAACUUCUGGCGCUGUUACGGAAGCUGCGGGCGGGCAGCACCAGGCUCACAGGUUUGCUGAUGCUGGAGCUGAGCUGCACCCUGGAAGAGAAGCUGAGGAGACAACAGGGGGAGGCCGAUGCCGUAUUACAAGCCCAGAUGGAGAGCUACCUGCAGGACGCGGCCUCUGUUUUCGCAGGCGACGUCACAGCGCCGCCUGAGCUGUGGCGCCGCAUAGCGGCCCUCGGCCGGAAGCUGCCUGCCAAUGAGUGGAGCAGCUGUCCGCUAGAGGCGCCACCAGACGGGCAGGCAACCGUGGUGUCCAACUGCUGCACCUAGCCACUACACCUUGUUGCUCACAGAAGUAGCUGCGACAGGCUACUGCGUAUUAACUGGUCGGAAAAAAAUCUUAAGUUCGAACUGUUUAGUGUUUCAGAAACACGGCGGAUUGCAGACCCCUGUCUGCCCUGUGGUGUAAGGCUGUAUGGAAUAAGGACCACACUUCUUUCACUAGAAAUUCUUAAAGUGGUCCAAGAUAUUUCUGUAUCAAUACGGAUGAUCUAAUCAUCCACAUGAGGCCGCGACCUCAUACAUGGGGGCAGAAUGAAUCACACUGAAUUCAAUCAACAAGUAAGAACACAUUGGUGUGUUAGUUUUUAGAAUACUGUCAAGGCCAUUUAUGGACUUACCAAUAGUUAGAAGACAAUAAAAGAAUUUUUUAAGCAGGGGCGCCCGCAGGAGGAGGACGAAGAUUGGGGGGGGGGGGGGAGGCGGUUAUGCAGACAGCUGCCCCUAGUGGGAAUUCAUUUAGCACAUGAAAUGAGAAAGUACCUCUAACGGCAAAAAUCCAGAUUUUUACGACAUAAAGCACCU